AUGCGCCAAGAGCUCUCGCCAGAAUGGGACACUCAUUACGGCAACCCAUACACAUGGCCGGCGCGCAAGAAAUGGACCGUCGUAUUGACCGCCUCCACCGUCACUUUUAUAGUCGGCCUCAACGCAACAUCCAUCACCACGGCCGCCGACAUCAUUUCCGAUGAAUUCAACCUCGGCAACGACAUUUUUGAAUACAACUUUCUCUCCGUCACGGCUUGGAAUGCCGCAGCCGCCUUUAUUCCCCUGGCCACGCUGCCACUAAUGGACACGUACGGCGUGCGAAGAGUUUAUCUGACUUGUCAUGUGCUGUUUACGAUAUUUCUCAUUCCACAGGCGCUGGCUCACAACUUUGCCACACUGGUCGUUUGCCGCGUCAUUGCCGGCGCCUCGGGCGGCACGCUGCAGAGCGCCGCCGACGCCAUUGCCGCCAACAUGUUUCCGCAUAUCCACGAACGCGCCUUGCCGCUCACCUGCUACGUGUUUUCGCUCAUCUUUGGCGUCACCAUGGGUCCCGUACUGGGCGCCCUGAUUGAGCCUCUUGACUGGCGCUGGGUAUUCUGGAUUGAGCUCAUAUUAAGCGGCGCAUUACUUCCCGCCGUCUUUCUACUUCUCAAAGAAACGCGAGGAUCCGUCCUCUACGCCAAAUACUUCCCCAGCGACUCUAACAGCGACGACGACGAUGACGAGGGGCCGGGAAACGCCAGCAAGGCCCUGCACGACUUUUAUUCUGUCACGACGCGUUCCGCCGUGUUCCUCACCACCGAGCUGCCCAUUGCCCUCUUUACCCUCUGGUCCUCCUUUGCCUUUGGCCUCGUCUUCAUCUUUACGCAGUCGAUCCCCCUCGUCUUCAGCUCCGCCUUUGGCUGGCCGGCGUACCAGGGCGGCCUCGUCCAGAGCGCCGUCGGCAUCGGCCAGAUCCUCGGCUUUGGCGUGUGCAUGAUUCAGCGGCACAUUUACAUUGCGAGCGCCCAUCGCAACGCCGAAAAGCCGGGCGACCCCGUGCCGGAAGCCAUUCUGCAGCUGUCCAUCCCCGCGACGCCCAUUGCCCUCGCGGGGGGGCUGUUCAUGUACGGAUGGAGCAUACACCAGCCGCACUGGAUCGUGACGGCCAUUGGGCUGGCGCUUGUUGGGUUUGCCAGCAUGAUCAUCAUCAACGCUGCCACCAUCUACAUUACAGACGCCUAUUCGGCCUUUGCAGCUAGCGCAAUCGCGGCUGUUGCAUUUGGUGAAAACGCUUUUGCUGCUUUUUUGCCACUGGCCGCCAAGCCCAUGUAUGAGAGAUUGGACUACGACUGGGCUAGCAGUCUGCUUGGCUUUGUCGGCCUCGCUCUUACUCUGGCACCUGUUUUGCUGCUUGUUCACGGCAAAACGAUUCGCAGUAAAAGUAGAUUCAGACGCUAA